GUUAUUUAACGGUCGAAGCUUCGGCAAGAACGUUUUGUUUUUUUGCGCAUUGAUUUCGCGAGCACGCGUCUUGUUUUUGUUGUUCGCCGUGCACUGGGACGCACUUUGGAAAGCGUUGACUGCGCCAAAGGUCAUUGCUGGGCAAGCGGAGCGUCCAAUCGCCGCUGGUGGUGACGUUUGUGGAAAAAUCAAUUCGGGUCAGUGACGGACGUGUUGGAGCUACCAGUUCUGUGAUAAGUGACGAGGAGCCGGAUAAUCCAAGCGGAGGACAAGCAACAACAUGACUGUGGGAACGUUUGAUGCCUGGGAUACGGCUGUGCUGAUCAGCAUCCUGGUUGUCUCGGCGCUGAUUGGCAUCUACUACCGGUACACGGGCGGCAAGCAGAAGACCACACAGGAGUACCUGAUGGCGGACCAGAGUAUGACGACCUUUCCGGUCUCCUUCAGCCUGAUGGCCAGCUUCAUGUCCGCCAUCUCACUGAUGGGCGUCUCCAAUGAGUCCUACCAAUUCGGCACCUUGUUCUGUGUGAUCAACAUUGCCUACGUGCUGAGUACGCCCAUCGCCGCCUACCUCUUCCUUCCCGUUUUCUACCGGAUGCGGACGACCAGUGUGUACGAGUACCUGGAGCGACGCUUCGGCCAGGCCACCCGCCUGUCCGCCUCGCUGGCAUUCACUGUGCAAAUGGUGCUUUACAUGGGCAUUGCCCUCUAUGCGCCAGCGCUCGCUUUAGAAGCUGUAACCGGCAUUCAUCGGUCAAUGGCCAUUGUGGUGAUUGGACUGGUCUGCACCUUCUAUUCGACACUUGGCGGCCUGAAGGCGGUGCUCAUCACGGAUGUGUUUCAGUCCUUCCUCAUGUUUGCCGCCAUCUACGCCGUGAUUGCCGUGUCGGCCAUUAAAGCCGGCGGAUUCGCGGCCAUCUGGGAGGUGGCUGUGGAGCGAGGACGCGUCAAUUUCUUUGAGUUUUCAUUGGAUCCCACCGUGCGGCAUACCUGGUGGUCACUUAUAAUUGGCGGCAUGGUCACUUACCUCUCUUUGUAUGGCGUUAAUCAAACGCAAGUGCAGCGGCUUUUGAGUGUACGCAAUUUGAAGAGCGCUCAGUCGGCGCUUUGGUGGAACUUGCCCAUUCUGGGAUUGCUUAGUUUCAGCACCAUUUUCAGUGGAUUGGCUAUAUUCUACUACUCGGAUUGUGAUCCAGUGCUAGAGGGUCGCAUCGGGAGGCGAGAUCAGGUCAUGCCCCUUUUCGCACUGGACACCAUGGGUCAAUAUCCUGGAUUGUGUGGGCUUUUCGUGUCCGGAAUAUUCUCCGCCAGUCUUUCGACGAUUUCAUCGGCAGUUACCUCACUCUCGGCCGUAACGCUGGAGGAUUACUUGAAGCCCUUGUACAAGGCGAUAUUUAAACGGACACUAAUCGACUCCAAGUCGACGUUGCCCACCAAGAUUGUGGCGUGCAUCUUUGGCUUGCUGUGCAUCGGACUGGCAUUUAUGGCUGGCUCUAUGGGCGGUGUGCUCCAGGCUUCGCUUACCAUUUUCGGCGUGGUUGGCGGUCCUUUGCUGGCCAUUUUCACCCUGGGAGUCUGCACCACACGCAGCAACCAAAGAGGCGUGCUGCUUGGAUUCCUCGUUUCUCUAAUCAUUUCCUUCUGGAUGGGAUUCGGCGGACCCAAACCAAUUCCAGUUCCCUUGGAGUUCGGCACAUCGGGCUGUGCGAAUGUCACCGCUGCAAUGGCGGGUUACGCCAUCGAGCUCAACGCAAAGAGCAGUGGAGUGGCCAGCGAACCGGACUACUUCUGGUUAUAUCGAAUUUCCUACAUGUGGCUAAGCGUGAUCGGCUUUCUUAUCGCCGUGGUCGUCGGCUAUGGCAGCAGCAUUGUGCUGGCUCACUUUGGAAGAGCAGAGAACGCGGAAAUCUAUUUGGACAAGUCUCAGAAGCAACUGGACUACGACCUAUUCGCACCCAUGCUGUCUCGUCGCUGGCGACGCCAAGAAGAAAAAAACCAAACUGCCCAGGACGAAACGCUCACCAAACUAACUGAGCAGUAGUUCCGCCCGGCUUAGAUUUAAUAUAGUUUAUUUAUACACAUAAAAGAAUUUCCAGAAGGCGUCAGCUAUUUGCUUAGUCUUGUUACGGAUGUCGUACCUAAAAGUGCAUAACUAUGUGACCUUUUUGUAUACCUGUGUGAACUAAACUUGCAUACAGAGCGACCAAAACAGAGUCUUCCAUAUACACAUAAACAACGAUAAUUAGUAGUUAUUAGCCGUGUUGCAAAUGUUCGCAAGCUCAGAUCAUUAGAAUAGUGAAAUGUUUUUUACAAUAACGUAUAAAAAGUAGGAUACUACCUCAAUAAACUUUUACAGAGCGACAAUAAUAACUUUGGCGCCUAAAAGCGUGUUGGCCGACUACUUUCCCAUGUUGAGCAUUGGCAGCCACAAUGCCUCACAUAAAUUAUUGAUUUAGUUAUACGCCUAAUUUAAAUGGGAUAUUUAUGUUCAUACCUCCUAGUUACUAGAUGUUUUCAUAGAUACCAUACCAUUGUAAUCAUGCAGAACGAAGUCGGGGCUUUAAAUAUACACUACAGUGAGCACCGCCUAUAAAUAGUUACUAAAUGGCUCUUGAAGCAUUGCAUUGCGCCACAUUGUGAAUUCUGUUUACUUAUAUACCUCUAUAUGUACACAAUUAUACCAUAGACUACUUAUAUACUCGUGUCGUGUCGCAAUCAACUAUUGAACAAUAACUCUAAGCAGUGAAAGUUAUGUGUAAUUGUAAAACCAAACUGCUGAUCAUUAAAAAAAUCUGUUCUACAAAA